GACUUUGUGCUACCAUUGUAAAUGCCCAGAACAAUGUAGGCGAUACACCUGUCCACAUCAUGGCCGAGAAUGAUCGUACCUUAAAUAUUGUUAAGAUGAUGGUGGACCUUGGUAAGGUGGACUUCAAUCUUACCAAUAGUAAGAAUCAGAAUGCUCUGCAAGUUGCUAUUGCUCUGGGCCAGAUGAAGACAGCAAAAUAUCUACAUCAGCUGAUUGAAAGUGCCCCCAAAAAGCGAAAUGGCUCAAUUACGUAUGUUUCAAUUAUUCCAAAAUAUCCAUCAGCUGAACAAACGUCUGUGAAUGACAGUGACAAUAAUGAUUGCUCUCCUGAUUCAACGAAAAAAAACAGGGGGCAAAGAAAAGCAAAGAAAAUCGUUAGCACCUCAGCAAUAGCCUGCAAAGUGACCAGUACAGAAGACAGUGCGGAGGAAUCACCUGAAAAUAACUCUGAUCUGUGCUUGAAUAGUGCUUCAACGACAAGUGAGAUUGAAGAAGAAGCUGUUGAUGGUACUUCUCUGGCUUCAAAUCCGACAACAGACUCUCCAUCAUCAACUUCACUUUCUUCAACUGUUGAACAAUCCUCCAUUCCCACAGAAAAUCCCUCCAACAAUUUGGGCAAAAGGUUAAAUUCAGCGAUGCCAGCCAAGUCACAAACCACUAAACUAACCGGAAAAGUUUUACCUAAUGUGUGUUCCUCUGCUCCUUUAGCGUCAUCAUCUUCGUCCUCAUCUGAGGCCUCCACUUCUGCCUCCACUUCCGCCUCUGCUGUUCCCCCCAAGGAACCUGCUGUUGCUCCUGUCACUAAUCCCUCAUCAGACCCCGUUACUGCAACCUCUUCAUCUUACUCCCUGCUGUCCGAUAAAAACUGCGGCCCUUCACCAGCAAAAAGGAAGAAAAUGAGAGUACUUGUAGUAAAAAAAGGUCCAUUUCCAACCAGUCAGAUGAUAUUUACCGACCAAGUACAAUUCACACCCAAAGUUCCCAAGGUGACUAGUUCCAGAAGCCUGCUUAGAAGUGAGAGGAUUCCUAAUAAACCCAUUCAGGAGGAUGUUGAGGACACCGCCGAUUGUGAGCAGCUCAGCAACAUCAAGGUAGAAAUGGAUAUUGCCCAAGAUGAUGAAAUGUGUCCAGAUAGCAACACAAGCAG